AUGGAUUCAAGGAGCCCAUCCUCCUCUUUCUACUCUUCCAAUUCCGGCCGGCGGAGCAGCUGCCUUUGUGCUCCGACGACGCAUCCCGGCUCAUUCCGGUGCAGUUUCCACAGAAAUACUGCUGCUGCUACUCGCAAGCAAUUAAACCGGUCGGUGAAUUAUAGUGGUAAUUCUCCGAGUCAUGGAGGAACGCCGCCGAAGGCAAGGACUACGGCGAGGGCGGUUCUGUUGAAGAAGAUCAUCGCUCCUAAUUCCGGCAGCGCUCGUGAUCAUCUCCGGCGGCGGCGGAGGGAUUUCCAGCCCAAACCAUCAAGGUUUCAGUCGAUGUCCGUCGUCUGA